AGAGAGAGAGCCGUUAAACCCCAUAGCCGACCGUGUUAAGACUUGACAGGAAAAAUGCGGAAGGACGAGUGUUAGGGUUUCUUCACCAAGAUUGAAAUCUAUCAGAACCUGAAAUGAAAGCUUUGAGAGCUCUGAGGGGACUUUCAACCCUUUCUACGUUAACCCACAAAAAUCAUCUCAGCUCUAUCCAUGUCUUUCGAUUCUACGCAUCUUCACCUCAACAAGACGACCCCAUCAAUACCGGUGAAGACAGUGAUGACACUCCAGCCUUUGACAGUAGUGAUUAUACAUUGCCUACUAUCGGUUUUGAUUCUGAUCCCAAACUUCCAAGCCAGCCUAUAUGGAAUGAGGCAUAUCGGAUGAGAGCUGAUCAGAAAAUCUUUGGGAUUGAAACCCAAAAGCAAAGUUCUCAAGUAGUGGUUGAAGAUGAAGAAGGGCGGCGUGCUACCUUACUUGCAAAAGCUUUGCUUCACGCGGCAUUGGAGAAGCCUGAUGAUGUUGAAGAAGAGGACAUGGUUGUGAAGGAGGAAGAUCAGAAGUCAUUAUCUGUUGGUAUUAUUGGAGCUCCUAAUGCUGGGAAAUCAGCUCUCACAAAUUUCAUGGUUGGAACGAAAGUCGCUGCUGUUUCUCGGAAGACAAAUACAACUAUCCAUGAAGUCUUAGGAGUGAUGACGAAAGGAAACACACAGAUUUGCUUCUUUGAUACUCCAGGACUAAUGUUGAACAGUCGUGGUUACCCUUGUAAAACUGAUGUGAAAGUUCGUGUAGAAAGUGCUUGGAGCUCGGUUACUCUGUACGAUGUGCUAAUAGUUAUUUUUGAUGUCCAUAGGCAUCUUUCCAAACCUGACAAAAGGGUCUUAGGGUUGAUUAAACAUUUGGGAGCACAGGCACACCCAAAGCAAAAGCGAGUGUUAUGCAUGAAUAAGGUUGAUCUGGUUGAAGUGAAGAAAGACUUGUUGAAAGUUGCUAACGAAUUUAGUGAUCUUCCUGGAUAUGAAAGAUAUUUCAUGAUAUCGGGUCUCAAAGGUUCAGGAGUAAAAGAUCUCACUCAAUAUUUGAUGGAUCAGGCAGUUAAAAGACCCUGGGAUGAAGAUCCCAUCAUCUUGAGUGAAGAUGUAAUGAAGAACAUAUCAUUAGAAGUUGUCCGGGAAAAGAUGUUACACCAUAUUCAUCAGGAAAUUCCCUAUACUAUGGAUCAUCGCUUGAUGGAUUGGAAGGAGCUGAGGGACGGUUCUCUUAGGAUUGAGCAGCAUUUUAUCACUCAUAAACAAAGCCAGCGCAAGAUUCUGGUGGGGAAGAAUGGAUCCAAAAUAGGGAGAAUAGGUGUGGAAGCAAAUGAAGAGUUGAGAUCCAUCUUCAAGAGGCAUGUACAUCUCAUCCUCCAAGUUCGUGUGGCUUGAAGCAGGCAUAAGAUGAUUCAUGUCCCAGUGAGUUCACAUUUUGAAUCUGCAUCAACUUGUACAAAUGUAGCUUAUGUAUUCAUUAGUGGGAUUCUAAAUUUUGAAGGGUUAAUAGAGUUCAGGUUUUGUAGUCUUUUGAUGGUUUAUUAGCUUUUCAGUG